AUGAUGGCCUUCACUUUGCUAGCCUGCCUGCACUUCAUACUACCUUUUGUUUCUCCUGCAAGAAAUAUUUCUCUCAAGUGCAUGCAAGAUACUGAUGAAUUCCUUUCUGAUCUGAAUUCACCGAAGCCCAAAGAAUACGCUCUGAGAAUGUACGACUCGGUGGGGAAGCUUGGAAGCAACGUUCUUAGUGGCAACCUGGACAGGUUGGGAUCCUAUAGCGAGUGCCUUUCCACCCGGGCCCCCGAGGGAAGAUUCCGAGGCCAGUACUGCAAGCUUCAUUUACUGCAGGAUGGAGCAGACUAUAGUGUGGGUGUGUGUGUCCCUGACUCUUGCGGUGAAGAGGAUGUGACCGUGAUGUCUCAGCUGGAUAUGCUAAGGUUCAGAAAUACUUCAUUUUUGGCACCUUCCCUCUCCCUCUUUACAAAAAACUCUUCCUCCUCAUCUUGUGAAAGUGUGGCCAGAUGCGCUGCUGGGGUGUUUCGGCUGGAUACGUUUGCCUCCGUGUGUCUGUUCAUCACCUUGCUAGGCCUUGUCCUUCCUGUGGUGGGGACUGUUUACAUGGUGGCCAGGAACUGGGGCUUGGACCUCAGGCCAUCACCUGCACAUGGGACUUCGGCAGGCUGUGAGAAUCUGCCUUUGAGAAAUGUGGAGAGCGAUGGGCAAAGAAGCAGGAGCCCACAGACCAAUUGCCAAGUUCAUCUCUCCCCGCCACGACCCCUGAGCAGAGGAAAAAGGUUUCUAGGAGCCGUGGAUGGAGCUCUACAGUGCUUUUCUUGGCAAAAGAACAUGCCGGCCAUCUGUACCCCAGAGCUGCCAGAAGGCACCUGCCAGACACUGAACGGGAUCCGAGUCCUGAGUCUCCUUUGGAUUGUCUCGGGACACACCAGUCAGAUGACCGCUUGGCUGUCUUUGGAUAACGUGCUUGAAUGGAGGGCCAGAGUGCCGGCAAACCCGCUCUACUUCUACUCUCGGAGUGGCCCGUUCUACGUUGGGGUGGAUACGUUUUUCCUGAUCAGUGGUUGGUUAAGUGCAAGGUCAUUUCUAAAGAUGCACCGGAACACAAACACGGGAAUAACCCCUAAAGUCAUGCUCAGAUACUUUCUCAAACGUUUUACAAGGUUGCAGCUUCUUCAUCUGUACUCAGUGUGCUUGCUGGUUGGACUCUUCUCCUUGGUUCCCUGGGGACCUGUCUGGGAGGUUCCGCAGUUCCACUGGGAUAACUGCCGGCAAGUCUGGUGGACGAACCUGCUGCUGCUGAAUAACUUCGUGUCUGUUCAGAACGCCUGCCACGGCUGGACUUGGUACCUCGCCAGCGACUUCCAGUUCCACCUCCUGACGCCGCUGAUCUUCUUCGUCCGUGGAAAAAAUAAACAUGUCCUUGUCCUCCUUGGGGCCCUGCUGUUCCUGACAUCUUUCGUGACCACUGCUCUGCUCACGUUGGCUUAUAAACUCCCAGUGGCGUCCCCAUCAGCAGCCAGUGAAAAUGAGACUGCGCUGUAUUUCUCAGAGUAUUACACCAAGCCCUACUGCCGGUGCGGCCCGUUCCUUGUGGGCCUCUUCCUGAGCAUGUUCAUGCAUUCGGACCACCCUACAAGCGUUCUCAAAACUACGGUGCAGGCCACGCUGGGCUGGACUUUCUCUCUGCUGACCCUGUUUGCAGUUGUCUUGUUGGCAUACGUAGUGGAUGACACCUCCCCCACCUCUUCCAUGGCUGCUGCCGUCUACCAGGCCCUCCAUCGGACCCUGUGGGCAGCCGCUGUAGGCUGGGUCAUCUUUGCCUGUCAGGAAGGCUAUGGAGGUCUGGUGACUCGUGUGCUUUCUUGCGGCCUCUGGCGUCUCCCGGCUAGCAUCAGUUACGCUUGCUACCUCGUCCACCCCAUAGUGAUCAUCCUCUAUAACGGACUGCAGGAGACCCUUCUUCACUAUACUGACACCAACAUGUUCUAUCUUUUCUCUGGACACUGUGUGCUGACCUUCCUCUGUGGGCUGGCCCUGACGCUGUUCAUCGAGCGGCCAUGGCAGGAGCUGAAGUGGGGCCUGUGGGGACCAGUGCCUGCUGGGCCAUGA